GCCUGGGCAAAGGCGAGUGGGCGGUAUGAGGGGUGCCCCGAGGACCCAGCCAAGUGGAAGACCAACUUCCGCUGUGCCCUGAGGAGCACCCGCAUGUUCAUGCUGCUGGAGGACCGCUCCAAGUGUGGUGAUGACCCGCACAAGGUCUUCGCCAUCGCCCCAGGUGAGCCUGGCCCCAUGGGGGCCUGUACGCCUUCUGGGAAGACCAACUUCCGCUGUGCCCUGAGGAGCACCCGCAUGUUCAUGCUGCUGGAGGACCGCUCCAAGUGUGGUGAUGACCCGCACAAGGUCUUCGCCAUCGCCCCAGACAGCACCGACCCCACACGGCCCCUGCCGCUGGAGGACAUGGAGGUGCUGCAGUGGGUGCUGCAGCAGUGCGAUAUCUCCCCCCGCAACCUUGGCUCCCCGACCCCAUCCUGGGUGCCUGCAGCAUUUCAGCCAUGGGUGCCUGUGGAGGAGCAACCCCCCUUGGGCGCCUACGGCCCCCCGGACUCCAUGCUGCUGGAGGACGAAG